AGAUAAUGUAACAUGGACUAAGUAAUGAAUUUUUUUUAAUAAAAAACACAUGCUAGUGUUAGAAAAAUAUGGUCAAUGACAGAUUUCCGGUCUCUUCAAUUGGUGUUGAUUCCUUAAACACUUUGACCAAUAACAGAUUUCAAAGUCAGGACAGCUUUGGAAAGUGGGCGAACCAAAUCAUGUCUGAUUCCCCUUCUUCAGUUGAUGGUUCGGAUCUCGUAUCCUCAGUUUCAUCCGGUGACGAAUCGUAUUCAUCUUUGGUAGUUGAAGAUCCGCAACUUUCCCUUCCAGAACAACUAUUUAAUCUCACCGAUGUGUUCCCUGCAUGGGUGUCUUCCACAGAGAAAUCAAAGAUCCUAGUGACUCGGCUCUUUCAAAUAGACUAUCUACACAUCUCAAAGUCCAAUCUAACAUGUGUCUGUGGUGAUGAAGUCGUUCCUGCAGAAAUUGUUCAGGAUGGGGUAUACCGAUGUUGGGUACCACCGCAUUCUCCGGGAUUCGUGAAUCUCUACUUGAGCUUAGAUGGACAUAAUCCUAUCAGCCAAGUUGUUAAUUUUGAGUAUCGUACUCCUGUUUUGCACGCUCCAGUUGCUUCUGUGGAAGAAAAGAACAACUGGGACGAGUUUCAACUUCAGAUGAGGCUUGCUUAUUUGCUCUUUGCUAAACAGCAAAGCCUUGAUGUCUUCUCUAGUAAAGUAUCAUCUAGUAGAUUAAAGGAGGCAAGGGAAUUCUCCUUAAAGACGUCAUUUAUUUCCAAUACUUGGCAAUACUUAAUGGAGUCAACUUUAGAUAACAAAAUUCCAUUUUCCCAAGCAAAAGAUGCCCUGUUUGGAAUUGCAUUGAAAAACAGAUUAAAGGAAUGGCUUUCGGAAAAAAUUGUUUUAGGAUGUAAGACUACUGAAUAUGACGCACAAGGCCAAAGUGUCCUCCAUUUGUGUGCAAUUUUGGGAUAUACAUGGGCGGUUACUUUAUUUUCAUGGUCAGGCUUGUCGCUAGAUUUCCGGGACAAAUUUGGAUGGACUGCUCUUCAUUGGGCCGCAUAUUAUGGAAGUGAGAAAAUGGUUGCAACUUUAUUGUCAGUUGGGGCGAAGCCAAAUUUGGUCACAGAUCCAACUCACCAAAACCCUGGUGGAUAUACUGCCGCUGAUCUUGCUCACACGAGGGGUUAUCACGGCUUAGCAGCUUAUCUUUCGGAAAAGUCUCUAGUUGAGCAGGUCAAUGACAUGAGCUUAGCUGGAAAUACCAGUGGCUCACUGGAAACUAGCACGGAUGAUCCAGUAAAUUCCGAGAACCUUACUGAGGAGCAGCUCUACCUGAAAGAUACAUUGGCAGCUUACCGGACAGCCGCUGAUGCAGCUGCACGCAUACAACAAGCAUAUAGGGAACAUUCCUUAAAGUUACAAACGGAGGCGGUUGAGUUUUCCAGCCCAGAAGCUGAAGCACGCAAAAUAGUUGCAGCAAUGAAGAUUCAGCCUGCCUUUCGUAAUUUUGAGACAAAGAAUGUCAUGGCUGCUGCUGCUCGCAUACAAUAUAGAUUCCGUACAUGGAAGAUUCGUAAAGAUUUCCUUAACAUGCGCCGUCAAGUUAUCAAGAUUCAAGCUGCUUUCCGGGGCUUUCAAAUACGGAAACAGUAUCGUAAAAUUCUUUGGUCAGUUGGUGUGCUUGAGAAAGCAAUUCUACAUUGGCGUAUAAAAGACUUCCGUGGGCUCCAGCUUAAUACUGCAGAAGUAGAGGGAGAUCAGAAUCAGCAAAGUGAUGCAGAAGAGGAAUUCUUUAAAACUGGUAGGAAACAAGCUGAAGAUCGCGUUGAGAGAGGUGUAAUACUAGUGCAGGCUAUGUUCCGUUCUAAGAAAAUGCAAGAAGAUUACAGGAGGAUGAAGUUGGCACUUAAUCAAGCAAAGAUGGAACGGGAAAAUGAAAAGGUGAUUAGUACUGAAGUUGACAUGAGAAUGAAGAGAUAGUUUAGUGAAGACAUAGUUUAGCCAAAGUUCUUAGAAAUGUGAAGGGAGGUUGAAGCUGUUUUUGUAUAUCAAUAGAGUUUGUAAAUUCCCUUCUUUAACAUCCUAGAAUGGAAUAUGUAUGAAGUUUUCAUGAGUGAUUGACCUCUCUAUGCCGUCCCAAAGUCGAAUAAACAGAAUAGAUAACACCAAAAAGCUUGGUAUGGCGAUGUUAAUGGGCUUCUCCAUUCCCUCGCACACGGUUGCACCUCAAAAAAAUCAGAGUUGAAGCAACCAAAAUCAUUGACUGAGAAAUUUUUUCAUAUUUGUAUCGAUAUAAAGCUAUUUCUCGCCAA